AUCAAUUUCAUUAAUCACCAAAUCGUUCGAUAGAGAGUUUUAAAUUUUUACUUUUUCAAAUUCAAGAAGUUUUACAUUCAAAAAGUUGAAUUUCGUUUUUGUUAAAUUGCAAGAAAAUAAAACAAUAUUCAACACUACCGAAAUAGUUUAAAGGAUAAAUUUGAAUUCUAAUCAUUUUAAGGAUACAACAAUUUUAAGUUCGUUCAGCUUUUAAAAUGGCUCUCUCCAAAGCCGACAAAAAAGAAAAUAUCCAAGAGAUUUACCUCCGCGAAGCUACCCAACACUUUCGUGGAAUUGAAAAACCAUUAAAAUAUGGUCCAUCAAUCGACAAUCUCCAACAACUAAUAUCAGCUCUACACAAAGAAUUUGAAACCAAUUAUGUCAACAUUGAAAUGGUCAAUCAUAUUCUGCUGUCUUAUAAGUCAAACAUAAAAGAAUGGCAUAAAUUUGCCAAAUUCGAUCGUUAUAAAUACACUCGCAAUCUAGUUGAUGCUGGAAACAGCAAAUUCAAUCUGAUGAUUCUUUGUUGGGGUGAAGGUCACGGGUCUGCCAUUCACGAUCAUUCUGACUCUCAUUGCUUCAUGAAAAUCCUACAAGGGGAAUUGGUGGAGACGCGUUAUCAAAUGCCUGAGUCAGACGAAGCCAUUAAUAGUUCGGUGAGUGAUAUUGGACGCAUUGAGGAUUCGGUUGAGGAUUUCAAUGGAGAGGAAUUGAAAGAGCAAGGAAAAUCGACAAUGAGUCUUAAUGAUGUGUGUUACAUUAAUGACAACUUAGGUUUACACCGUGUUGAAAAUCCCAGUCAUACAGAUUCAGCUGUUUCACUGCACUUAUAUUGCCCACCAUUUGAUUCGUGUUCUGUAUUCCAGAAAAAUUCAGGGAAGAAAGUAAAAUGUCAAGUAACAUUCUGGAGUAAAAAUGGCGUACGUUUACAAAAAAGUAACAACCAGUAAGAAUUCAAGCUGAUCCGCUGAAAGUAAUAAGUUUAGAUUAAUUAGAAUAAGUACCAAGGUUAGUGCAUUUUUCCUUUUGUUACCAACAAACAAAACAGCUAUGUAAGUUUCCUAGAGAACUAUUUUAUCGAAUAAAUCUCCUGUAUAUCGUGUAUGAUUCUUUGACUUUAGAUAUAUGAAAUUAAAGUUGUGUAGGUACCUACGUAUGUCUUAUGUUGUUAAAAAUAAAUGAUAGUUUUAAGUGUAAUAAAAUAAUUUAUUAUUGUUUUUCUUUUUA